ACAGCAUCAAGCAUGGCAUCGAUUCGUCAUCAUCGGCUCGACCAAGAGUCCCGUCUCCUUCCUCGCAUCUUCUUCGUGCCCAGAAUUCAACCCCCACGGAGGAACCCCGUUCGAAGCUCGCCCAAGACGACCCCACCCGCCAAGCAGAAACCGACAAAUCACGCGUCGCCAUCGCCACCUCUCUCGCUCCCUCCCUCGCCGGCCAUUAUCAACCCCCCCGAAGCUCCAACCAUGUCGUCCUCCUCCUCCUCCGCCGCCGCCGCUGCACCGCUCGAUAGCGGCCUCCUCCGAUGAUGCCGGACUCUCUCUCCUCGCUCUCGCUCUCGCGCCUCCUCCUCCUCCUCCUGACGACCGCCUCCACCUUCGCUACUGCUGCUUCCCCUCCGCGCGCGUGCGAAAUGUCCACGGUUGCCUCCACUCCCUUGCUCGACUUCCUCCAGCGCGUCCAGGAGGCCGCCCUCGCCGCCUUCGGGCCCCGCAACUUCGACCCCAAGCUCUACAUGGACCUCUCCCUCAAGUCCGACCUCGAGGCCGUCGAGCGGGCCUUCGCCGGCCUCCCCAGGUCGCCCAACGGCUCGGUCCCGGCCGGCGACCUGGAGAGGUUCGUAGCCGCUCAUUUGGGGGCCGCGGGGAGCGAUCUGGUGUCCGCGCAGCCGGCGGAUUUCGUGGCCGAGCCGGAGGGGUUCCUGCCCCGGGUGAGGAACCCGGCGGUGAGGGCGUGGGCGCUCGAGGUGCACGCGCUGUGGAGGAACCUGAGCAGGCGGGUGGGCGAUGCAGUGCGGGAGAGGCCGGAUUGGCACACCUUGAUCCCCCUCCCGAGGCCGCUCAUCAUCCCCGGUUCCCGGUUCAGGGAGGUGUAUUACUGGGACUCUUACUGGAUCGUCAGGGGCUUGUUAGCUUCUAAGAUGUAUGCAACGGCAAAGGCGAUUGUCACCAAUCUCAUCUACCUCUUAGAAGAAUAUGGCCAUGUCCUAAACGGUGCGAGGGUCUACUACACAAACCGGAGCCAACCUCCCCUUUUGAGUGCAAUGAUUCGUGCCAUCUAUGAAAAGACACAUGAUAAGGAAUUUGUCGCGAAGUCUCUCCCUGCUCUUCUGAAAGAGCAUGAAUUUUGGACAUCAGGGUUUCAUCAGAUCACCGUCCGGGACCGUGAAUGCAGUCAUAAUUUGAGUCGCUAUUAUGCAAUGUGGGAUAAACCCAGGCCCGAAACUUCGACAAUCGACAAGAAGCUUGCUUCAAACAUAUCAAGUACUUCCGAAAAGCAGAAGUUUUAUAGGGAAUUAGCCACAGGAGGUGAAUCUGGAUGGGACUUUAGUGUCAGAUGGAUGAGGAAUCCUGAGGAUAUUACGACACUGGAAACAACAUCAAUUUUACCGGUUGAUUUGAACAUAUACAUACUAAGGAUGGAACUUGACAUAUCCUUCUUCGGAAAAAUUGUUGGGAAUCAUAACAUUGCCACACAAUUCUUAGAAGCUUCAAAGGCUAGAGAAAAGGCUGUCAGCACCGUUUUCUGGAAUGAAAGGAUGGGACAGUGGCUUGAUUAUUGGCUUGGCGAUAGCAGUUCAUGCGUGGAAGGUCAACAUUGGGCUGCUGCAAACCAGAACCAGAAUGCGUUUGCUUCAAAUUUCGUACCUCUGUGGAUGGACGUGUUCAAUUCGGAUAAGAAUUUGGUAGAGAAAGUCGUGAAGAGUUUACGGAGUUCAGGUCUGCUCCAUGCUGCUGGGAUUGCAUGUUCAUUGACAAAUUCAGGCCAACAAUGGGAUUUUCCAAACGGCUGGGCCCCUCUACAGCAUAUGAUAGCUGAAGGCCUGGCUAGAUCGGGGUCUAGCGAGGCAAGGUCUUUGGCGGAAGACAUAAUCAUCAGGUGGAUAAGGACUAACUACGUUACCUACAAGAAAACUGGCACAAUGCAUGAAAAAUACGAUGUGCAAAAAUGCGGGGCAUUUGGGGGCGGUGGAGAAUAUAUACCUCAGACUGGUUUUGGCUGGUCAAACGGCGUCGUGUUGGCCUUCUUGGAGGAGUUUGGAUGGCCUGAAGACCGGAAGAUUGAUUGCGAGGGAGACUAAACCUGUUAAAUGUGGAAUAAGGACGUUGACCGUGUGAAGUGUUUCUUCCCCAGAAUGGCCAACAGCAAUAAACGAAGAGUCUUCAUUGAGUGGAAACUCCUUUCUGAUAUCUUCCUGUUCAUUACGUUAACCAAUUUGAUCCUCCCCGGAGGUCGUAUUGUAUCGUUCGCAGUUGAAAUAAUAUAGUUCAACCCUCGAAAUUCAUACCGGUAGUUGGAGUCUGUGAUA